AAGCUGACCUAUCUCGCGCCUAGGAGCCAUUGCGCGCGCGCGUGCGCCCCACCUCCGUCAGCCUAGGUCGGGAACAUGGCCGCGCGGUCCUUGUGGGCGGCCAGGCAGCGGGUGCAAUGCGUCCUGGCCUCGAGUGCCGCGUCUGAGGGCAGAGGCUGGCUGCAUCCUUUCAGCACUGCUACCCAGAGAACCACUGGUGAGGACUGCACUUCUGAGGACCCUCCCGAUGAUCUUGGGCCUUCUCUUGCAGAAAGAGCCUUAAAGGUCAAAGCUGUUAAACUGGAGAAGGAAGUUCAGGAUUUAACGGUGAAAUACCAGAGAGCUGUAGCUGACAGUGAAAACAUAAGAAGGAGAACCCAAAGAUGUGUAGAAGAUGCCAAGAUAUUUGGAAUCCAGAGUUUCUGUAAGGACUUGGUGGAAGUAGCAGACAUUUUAGAGAAGACUACAGAGUGCAUUUCUGAAGAAGCAGAGCCUGGGGACCAGAAGCUCACACUGGAAAAGAUCUUCCGAGGUCUGUCACUUUUAGAAGCCAAGCUGAAAAGUGUGUUUGCCAAGCACGGCCUGGAGAAGAUGACACCCGUAGGAGACAAAUACGACCCUCAUGAGCACGAACUCAUCUGUCACGUGCCUGCUGGUGUUGGGGUGCAGCCUGGCACUGUGGCACUAGUCAGGCAAGAUGGCUAUAAGCUACAUGGCCGUACCAUUAGACUUGCCCAGGUAGAAGUGGCAGUGGAAUCUCAGAGAAGACUCUGAAUGAGCCAUCAGGAACUGAAUGUUCUCCUAGAGUGCAGUCACCUGUGCUUCCUUUAUUUAUUAAACUAGGUUUGUAUUGUACAUGAGGUACUUCAUGUGACCUGUUUUGGAUUUAGUCAUAUUGGCUUUAUUUCUAAGAUUGAUUUCAUGUGACCAGUUUGGUCUCCCUGGAAGUCUUGCCAUUGGGCAUUUGAUCAAUGUCACAAGUAUUCAUAUAACUUUUAAACAUUUUGCUUAAGAAAACUAUUUUGAAAUAGAUAUUCUGAUGACUUUCAACCCAAAAUCUUUUGUACAGGUGGAUGGAAAUGAGUAUAAAGUUAUGUUCAGUUUGGUUUUGAUUUCCCCACCCCCACCCCCAGAACACCACUCCACUCUGGCAUAUGGUGGUGUCAGGGCUUAAACCUGCAAGGUUCCAUGUACUGGUGCUGUGCUAGCUCCUCAGCCACAGAAUUGUUGUAUUUACAAGUAAUUAUGCCUCCCUAGUGGUCCCUAUAACAAGAGUUGAAUAGGAUCUUGUCUCUUUUGGGAAAGGGGGACUUUAGGGGUUUCGGAGCUUUAUAGUUAUAUGAAUUGAGAUAAUUUGGGGUUGGUUUUUAUACACACAGAUUUUCAGGACUUUCCGUUUUUACAUUCCUUUUAGCCAUAAUUUACCCUUGAAUUCUCUUCCAGGUAAAUUUCAUCUUCACACUCAUUGUCCUUUUACAUUUCCCCUUUCCCAUUUCCCAUUUACAAUGGCUAAAUGCCCAGACAAGAAUUGGAAGACUGGAACAACUGAGAAACUGAUCCCUUUCAAACAAGAUGGCCAGGAACCCUUCUUCUGCCUUUCUUGUGGUAUCUUCACCUAACACAGCUGUCUAGGUGUACAGUCAUUUCUGGAAAAAUGAGGCAGCACCAACAGGUGAUGACACAGAUUACUCUAUAUUUUACCCAGUUUCCUUUAACUAGCCCUGAAGUCCUCUGCCACUCUGUCACAUCUGCCUUGUGAUCCUUUACUGUUAGAUUAUGUGGGGGUGGUCCAGACAAAAACAAUUAGUUUUCUAAUAAUAAUAAUGGCUUCUCGUUUCAUUUGGCUAUCUUUAAUUGGUGCUUACAGAUCACUACCUCUGCUACAUUGAGCUUUAUUUCCUAGUUUUUAUGUCAACGCGUGUAUAAACAUCUCACUUCCCUUUCAUAUAUUAACGUGUUUAUUUUUUUGUUUUCUUCAGUCUUGAUAGUAGCUACUGUUCUGUAAUAUAUUUGUUCAAUAAAUGAAUUAGUGAGCUAGUUAAACUCUAGAAAGGAGAUCAGGAACACAUAUUUUAAUGUUAGAGGCCUUAUUGAUAAUCUGAUCUCACUUUUUCAGCUUCUUCUGAAGCAUAAAAAUGUGAUGUUUUUAGAACUGGACUCAAGGAAAAAUGUCUAGAACUAGUAAACUAAAUUUCUGUGAGAACUUGUAUAAGCAGUAACUAGAUAUUAAGGUUGAUCACUUAAAAUUCAACAGUUCUUUAAUAAACGUGCAAAUAUGUUCUCAGCAGAUAUUGGAAUGUCUGAACUAUAUAGGUUAAGAUUGAAGUUAGUUUCUCAAUAAAAUAAUCCAUUUAUAUAGGCUUUCUCUGAUCCCAUUUAUGGAGCGAUGGAAGUUGCCUCUUAAAUACCAUGUGUCCUUAUGGGAUACUACACAAACAUAUACUGUAAAACUACCCUCAAUGAGUAUCACCUCCACCAAGUUAAAACACUUGGGAAAAAAAAAUUCAAUACAUGCUUUCAAAAUUCAAAAUAAAGACAAGCGGUAAGAUUUUAAAACCAGAACCCUAUUUUGGCAUUCCACCAAGCACUUAGUGUAAAUUAAUCAAGUUCAAAAUGGGAAUUUGUCCAUUUGUAUUCAUUCCUUUGAGACUGACAGAUGGCCAGGAGAAAAAUAAAUGAAUUACUACUACCCAUGUUUUUGUUUCUUUUUCUUUUUUUAUUCUUUACUAACUACCAGUGAAUGAAACCAUCAUUUUAUGUAUGGACUGUUCUAAUUACUUGAAGGACUGUCUAAUAUUCCUGGCAACCUCCUGUUUCAGCAAGUAAAUUAAGAAUUGUAGUAGAUCUUCUUAUUAUUCAGUAGAUCUGCAUACUUAAAUGUAUUAAAUUUAGAAGAUGAAGCUAUAAACACUAGAAAUCGCCAAAAGUUGGACAGCUUUAGGAGCCUGAGCAGCAUAAUAGAGCAUAGUGUUGGUAGAUGUAGAGUUGAACUAGUUUAGAUCCAGCAUCUGCUUACCUUCUGACAGCAGUCGUUUCACACUUCUGAACCUGUUCCCUUAUUGUAAAGUGGAUAUAGUCACUCUCUUACAAUAUUGUGAGGAUUAAAAAGUGAAAUGUACAGAUUUCCUUGUACAGUAGUAGUUCCUUGGUUUUUUGUUUGUUUUUCAUUUGCAUUUUAUUGUAUGUAUCAUUUUAUCUGUAUUUUUAAUAGCUGCCAAAAGUCUGGAAAGGCAAAGAUCAGUUAUGAGAUGCUUAGCUAAAUCAUAAACUAAUCAAUUAGAGUAACUUAUUUUUCCUUUCAGUUUUUUUUUAUUUAUUUACUUUUUUAUUUGGCUGUUUCCUUUCUUAACCAUACCCAAGACUAAAGAAGCAAGAAAAUUAAUUCAUUGCGCUUAAUUAUUUUUAUCUUGAUGGUAAAAAUUGGUUUGCAGAUGUCAUGUAAGGUUAAGUCUGGGGUCACUUAAAAAGAAGAAGGUGUUGGUAUUUCAGUUGUUGGAGUUAUGGAAAUCUUUAACAGAUUGUCCUCAGUGCCGUAAAGGAAUCUGUCUCUCAAUACUAAUGUGAAUUGUAUUUUUCAAGGCAAAGGUUUUGGUAAGUGAGGAAAGGUUCUUAAAAGUAAAAAAAUAAAUAAAUAAAUAAAGGUAAAUACAACACUCAGAAGCAACUAAUAAAAUCUGAAUUGAAACAACUGGA